AUGAAUAAUUUCUUAGCCUCAGAAUGCAGUGCUGAUUGCGAGUCUGGUUGGACUCUAUACUUAGAACAAUCUUUUCUUUCUCACCCGAAUCCUGAACAUAGAACCAACUUUGUUGAUGCAAAGAGUACUGGCUUUCAUAGUAAAGGAAAGAACACUAAAGAAGAGAGGGAAGAAGAAGAAGAAGAUGAGGAGGAGGAGGAGGAUUUGUCUAUGAUCUCAGAUGCAUCUUCCGGCCCUCCACAUUUCCAUGAAGAUGAAAGUUACAUCAACUAUGAUAAUGGUUACUUUUAUCCAUCACUUAAGGAUACUGCAUUGCUGAAAAAUGGUGCCAAUUAUAGGCAAAAAAAGAAAGAACAUAGACGUCAAAAGGAGGAUCAAGAACUGCCUUCUUUUCUUGACGAUACCGCUAGCUCUCCUGCAUUCAACUUCUCCAAGGGUAGAUCUGCAUAUCAAGACCGCAAUGGUUACAUACACCCUUCUCUAUCUGGAAACCAACUUCAAAAUAACCAGUUAAGUGGUUUUAAGGGAAGAAUAAUAUAUGGUGAUUGUGCAUAA